ACAUAAUGUCCGAUGUUCGCCUGUCGAAUGCCAGUCCGACCUUGGAGAGGGGGGUCGGGGACGCGCGUCCAGCCGAGCCAGCGAAGCCCUCCGUCUGCCGUAACCUGUUCGGUCGCUCGGAGCGGGAGGGCUUCGAAAAGGACUGCAGGGCGACUAUGCACACUGCGCAGCGGGCUUUCGCGGAGAGGUGGGAUUACGACACGGUCGAAGAUCAGCCUAUUUCCACGAGAAGUCUUGAGUGGGAGCCCGUCGAGUCUCCCCCGGAGUUCUACGUAAGACCGGCGCACAAGCGACCUUGUCCCCGUGGGAUGUUCGACCCACCUGGAAGCGACUCCCGGCCAGAACCCGGGCAGGACGGGAUACUGCUGAACCGUGAGCCGGUGAAGGGUUCGAGGAAAAGGCGAGCCACACCGUUAGAUGGUUGUUUGUCUGGGUGCCAAACUAAACAUUACCUGUCGGACGAGGAUGAGGACCGCGACCAGCCUGACCCCCUCGGAUUCCCGACCCUAACGCUCGCCGAACAGACCCCGAGAAAGCCUGAGAGCCAAACCAACUCCAAAUGUGUGUCUCCUCUAUCCGGCAGAACUGUGGUGGAUACUGGAGGAGGAGAGAGAGGGAGAGGAGUCUCGGCAGCCUCUCUGCGAAAGGAGGAGGAGGAGGGUCAAGCACUGAAUAUAUACAACUGUUCAACUUUCGGCACUUGUCAUCAAAAUUGCCUCAAAAGCAGACCAUGUAGCAGCGUGCAAAUGGAUUGUUUUUCCUUUUUGCGCAGAUAUUUCCUACCUUUGUUUCAGAUGUAGCACAUCAUUUUGUAACUGGCUUUUCAUAAAAGUUCUGUUAUUUGACUAUGGUGAGACUGUAAAUUGUAAGUGCUGCGGGGAAAUUGCAGUGCAAAUUGAAUUAUGAUUUAGCAGAGCAAUAGACUUGGAAUGUCAGGGUAGACAGAAGUAAAAUGUAUUUUUUUUGCAUAGCUUUAUUUGUCCAAGGGGAUAUGGUCGGUUUUUGGUCCCAAUUUAGUAGUUUUAUAGGCUCUGACUUGGGAAACACUGGGGCAUACUGCUGGGACCAGCAAUGGAAAAAUAAUGUUUACAGACAAAUCAUGUCUCCUUUCGUCAUAUUGAAUGACGUUUUUAUGCGUGCCAAUCAUAUCAUUCUCUUUCUAAUUUGCUAACGUUUUGCGUGUUUUGUGUUGGCAUGGCCGGACUGCAGAGAGAUCUAGAAGAAUCAUCUCUUGUUUUCCAAAACGACUCAUCAAUAUGACCAAUAUUACUCCCCUUCUAGGAACCCCUCAUACCAGCAAAGUUACACAGUAUGACUGGUAAAAAAAAAAUUUUGGUGGAAUUCAUGUAGAACAUGAGAUUGCACUAUGUGUGUGUGUGACACUGAGAAAAUUAUACUAACUUAUUUAUCUUGAGCUUUUGUCGGUGUACAAGAUGGCUUGCCAAAGUGACUUGAAUGUGCUUUUUCAUAAAUUGUUUUCCUUAUUUGUUUAUGAAGGUAAAUAAAUGGUUGCAAAACUGA